UUAAACGAGAUCUGUUCUAAUGGGAUUUUGAUAUCUCCGAACAUUUCCUCGCAACUUUACUCGGAUCCAUCAUGAACAAUACUCAUUUCCUGCGCUUUUGGAUCUGAUUAUGUCUACAAACCCUAAAACAUUACACUGAACUCAUCCCAGUCGAUCAGUUCACCAUGAACGUACUACUUGUCACUUUUUUGCUAGCAGUUUGUGUCCUUCGCAGUGCAAAGGCAGUGGUAACCGUCACGUUCGAUGGGGAUCUCAAGACCUGCGAAAGUGGAAAGCAGCGUGUUGGCUGGGAUUUGUCCAGUUUGGACAUCCUGAUGAUGGACAACGAAAAUAUCACAUUAGAUGGAACAUUUUCCUUCACUGCGGACUACUACAGUCCACUGUUUGCUAAAGUGACCCUUAAAAGGUUGGUGGACAAGAUCAGCAAAACCUGGGCAGUGAUGGCCGUCAGAGUCAUCCCAAACUUUUGCGAUGUGGUCAACCUUCCGAACGAAAUGUGGUCCGGUGUUAUGAGUCAAAUGGAACAUCAAAGCUGUCCUUUCCUGGCUGGGCACACGGAAACGUUUGAUAAGGCAAACAUUGGAAAUUUGGCGAAAAGUUUGAAGAUUUCCCCACAAUUGCUAGGACCGUGGAAAAUUUUCAUUGAGAUCGGAACAAAAAGGGGCGGAGUCAGCGUUACUGAGUGUACGAUGGCUGAUUUGAUGCUGGAGGAUGUUUAGAAAUAUGCUUUUAAAUUGGACAUUAAAUGAAUUAAGAAAAAAAAAUGUUAAAACAAUGUAUUUUAAAAAUAAACAU